AUGCGGACGCCGGUGGUGAUGACGAUCGGCAUGGUGCUCACUCCCUGUGGGCUGCUAUUCAACCUCAUCAGUACGCUGGCCCCAGGCUGGCGGCUGGUGAAGGGCUUCCUGGACCAGCCGGUGGACUUGGUGCUGUACCAGGGCCUGUGGGAUAUGUGUCGGGAGCAGAGCAGCCGCGAGCGCGAGUGCGGCCAGCCGGACACAUGGGGCUACUUCCAGACCCAGCCGGUGCAGGUGGCGAGGGGACUCAUGAUUACGUCGCUGGCCACCACCGCGUUGGGGCUGCUUCUUGCUUCACUGGGCGUGCGCUGCUGGCAGGAUGAGCCCCGCUUCGGGCUGGCCGCCUUCUCCGGCGUGGUGCUUUUCACCGCCGGCCUCUUCAGCCUCGUCCCCAUCUCCUGGUACAACCACUUCCUGGAGGACCGCGACGUCCUGCCCGCCCCGGCCAGCCCGGUCACGGUGCACGUUAGCUACAGCCUGGUGCUGGGCUACCUGGGCAGCUGUCUGCUGCUGUUGGGGGGCUUCUCCCUGGCACUCAGCUUUGCGCCCUGGUGCGAAGAGCGCUGUCACCGCUGUCGCAAGGCUCCCCCCUCCGGCCCGCGCCGCAACAGCAUCAGCACGGUCUACGUGGACUGGCCAGAGCCAGCGCUCACGCCGGCCAUCAAGUACUACAGCGAGGGCCAACACCGGCCACCUCCAGCCCAGCACCCGGCCACCAGCAAGCACAAAGUCGGCUUCCCCAUGCCGCGGCCGCCGCCCAAGACCUACACCAAUCCGGUGGAUGUGCUCGAAGGGGAGGGAGAGAAGGCGACCACCUCCCAAGGCGGCACCUCCUCACGCAGCACCAGGCUCUGCCAUAACUCGCUGCCCUGUGACUCCGACCUGUAGACAGUGCUUACCUACCCCUUGAGCUCGGUGGGGCCUCUGAGGCUGAGGAAGGACUCAUCCUGCAUAACCCACCCUUGAACUUGUGUGUUGCCAUGCACAUGCAACUGGAACAUCUUCUUGUAACUGUUUGGAGGACCAGCUUCCUUUCUUGGUGCCAAACUGGUCUCUGGAUGUCUGUAGAGGUUGGGUUCAGUUUUCUUUUACAGAGUUUCAUUUUUCUCUCCAGAGGGACUGGAUCUUAUGGAGUGACAGAAACCAGUUGCAUGCAAGGGCAGUAAUAGCAACAUCAGAAAACUGCAAUCAACAAACAGAAACUCAAUAACAACUUAACACCUUGAACCUACAGUAUUCUAAACCACUGAUGAAUCUUCCAUCAAUUUUAUUUUUGUUUUGUUUUGUUUUUCCUGAUUGAGUUCCAUGCAAACUCAAGAGACCAAUAACAUAAGUCUGGGGUAUUUGAAGGAAGCUCUUAAACUUAAAGCCAUGUAAAAGUCAUUAGCUUUAGUAACUUUUAUGAAGGGAAAUAACUGGUUUAACUCAUAUUUACAUUUCUUCACAUAUAAGUAGUAUUUGUCUUUUAAAUCACUUAUGUCUGUGUAAGGGCUGAGGUUUUUCAAGAGUUUGUCUUCCAGAAGCCAGAAAAUGAAAAACUUGACACUACACCGUUCUAUUCCUUGGAUACCUAACCCUGGACAGAGACAGAUUUUAAACAAAACAGAACCUGUUCAGUUGCAUUUGAUUACAGUGCAUAUGUACAUAUCUUAUUUAUGAUUAAAAUUUCAAAACAUCA